AAAGCACUCCAAAGACCUCUGCCAGCUGCAGCCCUGCCCCUGAGUCCCCAAUGAGUUCCAGCGAAUCUGUGAAGAGUCUCACCGAGCUGGUCCAGCAGCCCUGUCCCACUAUUGAGACCAGUAAAGAAGGCAAACCGCCAGAAUCCAGCGACCCACCCGCCUCAGACUCCCAACCCACAACACCGCUGCCUCUCUCUGGACACUCAGCCCUCAGCAUCCAAGAAUUAGUAGCCAUGUCUCCUGAGCUGGACACCUACGGCAUAACCAAGAGGGUCAAAGAGGUGCUGACGGACAACAAUCUCGGUCAGCGCUUAUUUGGGGAGACCAUCCUGGGGCUCACCCAGGGCUCUGUCUCUGACCUCCUUGCCCGCCCAAAACCCUGGCACAAGCUCAGUCUAAAGGGACGGGAGCCCUUUGUCCGCAUGCAGCUGUGGCUGAACGACCCCAACAAUGUGGAGAAGCUGAUGGACAUGAAGCGGCUGGAGAAGAAAGCCUACAUGAAGAGGCGACACAGCUCUGUCAGUGACAGCCAGCCCUGUGAGCCCCCCUCUGUGGGGAUCGACUACAGCCAGGGUGCCAGCCCCCAGCCGCAACACCAGCUGAAGAAACCUCGAGUGGUGCUGGCUCCAGAGGAGAAGGAGGCGCUGAAGCGAGCGUAUCAGCAGAAGCCAUACCCAUCACCAAAAACAAUCGAGGAGCUUGCCACACAGCUCAACCUGAAGACCAGCACCGUCAUCAACUGGUUCCAUAAUUACAGGUCGCGGAUCCGCAGAGAACUGUUCAUAGAGGAGAUCCAAGCCGGAAGCCAGGGCCAGGCCGGUGCCAGCGACUCACCUUCGGCCCGAAGUGGCCGCGCAGCGCCCAGCUCGGAAGGUGACAGCUGUGACGGCGUGGAGGCCACAGAAGCGGAGGAGCCAGGGGGCACCAAGUCUCAGGGAGGGCCGGCAGACAUGGCCACAGCCUCGGCUGACCGGGAGGAGGCGACGCAGCCGGCCGAGAAGGCGAAGGCGCAGCCCCUCUCCUCGGGAACCCCAGCACAGGACGACAGGGAAGACGCGGGCCGGCCCAGGCCGCUGCCCGAGGGUCCCGCCGCCGCCCCGGCGCCCGUGCCAAACCUCGCCGCACAUGCGGCUGGAGAGGACGCCGCUACCUCAGCCACUGCGCCGGAGGAGCCCGAGGCCCCAGGGGCGGCCAGGCCGGGCCCUGCCGAGCGCAGCUCCGCGUUGCCAAGCACCAGCGCGCCCGCGCGGAGGCCCAGCUCCCUGCAGAGCCUCUUCGGCCUGCCCGAGGCAGCGGGCGCCAGGGACAACCCAGUGCGGAAAAAGAAGGCCGCCAACUUGAACAGCAUCAUCCACCGCCUGGAGAAGGCUGCCAGCCGGGAGGAGCCCAUUGAAUGGGAGUUCUGAGGCCGGGCCUCUGGGCCUGAGCAGCAGGGCCCGCGGGCCAGCCAGGCCUACUUGCGCCCAGCGGGCCCCAGGCCCCGGCAGCGCUGGCCAUCGAGGGCCAGGCCGGCGUGGAGGGCGGCGUCGCCCAGGCCUGGACGUGUUGCGCACUUAGCCCUGCGGGCCACAGGGCAAAAUCGCCAUAGGCCAAGGUGCAUAUAGAAAACAAAGGAGCAUUAAGCCCAAUCUAUGUCGUGUUUUCAAGGAAGAAAACGGAAAUGUGUAGUCCAGCUUUUUUGUACCCUGAAGUGUUUUUGGUUUUGGUUUUUAUUUUUAUUUUUUAUUGCCCUAAGUGAUUUCCACAGGUUCUGGAAUAACUCUUUACAGCUUUUGCCUUGCGCCCUCCUCUUUCGUGUGGGCUUUAAAAAAAAAAAAUCAAACCCACAUAUUAAAAGGGGGCUUUUUAUCUGCCAUCUAAUGGCUUCAGAGCGAUAAUACACUAUUAUCUUCUUAAACCAGGAAGGGGGGGAUUUUUCAGAAAAAAAAUUAAAAAAGAAAGUUUUUGUAGCUGUUCAGUUGCCACUAAGAGAUUGCACAGUCAAACCGACUCUAAACACACUAGUUUGGAUUCCUAAAUAUUUUCAAGAAAAGAAUCUUCUCGUUUGAAACUUUGAAUUAAAAUAAAACACAUUUACUCCACAUAUUUUUUAACAAAAAAGAAAAAAAAAAGAAAAGUCACAUCAGGAAAACUGUCUGGUUUUGUGGUAGCUGGCGUAGUGUUUUCUUGUACGUAACUGAACCCUGACACGUAGUGCACAUUGAUCCAUAGCUUUAACUGGCUCUGGGCUUUUGCUGGCCAGAGUUUGUUUAAUACACUCCAUUCUAGGCCAAAUCAGGACAAAAAGAAAGAUCCGAAUCUAGGUAUUUUAUAAUCUGCUUUUUAACCUCUAACCGCAGAGCACGCUGAUCAGACCUCAUAUCUCGGAGGUGUAGGAGACAAGUUAGAACUGUAGCUUGUACCGGUUCCUUUGUUUAUUUAUGCUGUCUACGUCUGUGUUGGCACAUCUGCGCAUGUGCAAGCAUCGGAAGGAAGGAAAUGUAGGCCGGCGAGGUCGCAGCAGUAGUCCCUCGUGUGCAGGCAACCAUCUGCUCAUCUUCCCUUGGCACAGAAGGCGCUCACCUCACGCCGCUCUCCAGGGCGCCUGACGGACUGCGCCCCCCAGGGAGAGCUGCUCCCUGGGCUUGGGCAGGCUGGCACAGCCAUGCGCGCACUCUCUUCCUCUCUCUUCUCCCGGUCCCCUUCCCACCACAAGCACUGAUAACCCUAUCUAUUCGUGGGAAGCUUCCUUCCCUGCAGAAGAGAGAAUGCUGCAGUCUGGGCUCGAGUCCCAUCCCUGUAGAGACACCCCAAACUCACCCCAACGGUGACACUCUUCAAUUCCAGACCAGGCCAUCGGCCCUUCGCUCAUUUCUCCUCUCACAAGGUUUUUAAUGCACAGUUUAGGGCAGUCUAAGUACAAAUCAAAAGUCUAACUUGUCUCUUGAUUCCUCCCGUCGUCUAUGUGUAUGUGCGUGAGUAUAGAGGUGGAUGGAAGUGUGCGUGCGUGUGCGUGUGCAAUUUUAUAUGUCUGUAUUUUCUUAAGUACCUGUGCACACACAGAGUGCAUUACUGCCACCUUUUUCAAUAAGCUGGUUUAUCAGUCAUGGCUUCUACAGGUUUUGCUAAUUUAGACUCCUUAUUGCCAUAUCUUUAAACUAACAAUAGAUGAUUUCGGUAUAUAUAUAUAUUUUUUUUUUUGCUUAUUUAUAGGUGCUGUAUUUUAUUAUCUGAUUGUUAGGAAGGGAUGAAAGGGGCAAAUAUUCUUUAGAGGGAUAGACUGCCGGCAGUAUUGGGUUUAAUUUACAAGGUGUAGCUGUCAUACUGUAUAUUACUGAUUGAAAACUUUUGACCGUAUUGUGUAUCAUUGAAACUUUUGUCUUAGGUCAACAUCUUUGGAUGACAU